UAAACAGCUGUGCUGAGCUGGGGGUCAGUCCGCGGUGUGUGUUGGAGCUGCCGGGGUAGUUUCUGUUUCAGUUUACUGAUCUGAUUAUUAGUUUAUUGAUCUGGUUAUUAAGUUAUUGAUCUGAUUAUCAGUUCAGUCCCCGCGGUGGAGAGAUGGCUAUAGCCCACGCGGCCACGGAGUACGUGUUCUCGGACUUCGCGCUGAAGGAGCCGGGCUCUGAGAGCCGCUAUAAGGGGCUCCGGCUGGAUCUGGCUGUGGAUAAGAUGGUGACCUGUAUCGCGGUCGGUCUGCCGCUGCUGCUCAUCUCCCUCGCCUUCGCUCAGGAAGUGUCUGUCGGUACUCAGAUCAGCUGUUUUUCACCCACUGCUUUCUCCUGGCGGCAGGCGGCCUAUGUAGAUUCCUACUGCUGGGCAGCUGUGCAAAGACAGGAAACUGGGGGGCUACCGCUCUCACUGCACAAGUUUUUCCCAUAUAUUCUUUUAUUAGUAGCAGUGCUGGUGUAUCUUCCAGCUUUGUUUUGGCGUUUCACAGCUGCUCCCGUUCUCUCCUCUGACCUGACAUUUAUUAUGGAAGAGCUGGACCGCUCCUACAACAGAGCUAUCAAACUGGCCAAAAGUCUGUAUUCCAGUCCCACACGCCUUGACACUCAAAGCUCUAUGCCUGAUCUGACGGAGCACUGUUUUAGGUACCCUCUAGUGGAGCAUUAUCUGAAGACCAAGCACUCUAGCCGGGGUUUGCUGGGCCGCUAUUUGCUGUGCAGAAUGGUCACCUUGUUGGUGCUGGUGCUGGCCUGCAUUUACCUCUGCUACUAUAUCCGGCUCUCUGCAACGGACGAGUUCUCCUGUAACAUUCGCAAGGGGGUCCUUCUGAAUGACACCUCUGUGCCCACAGCUCUGCAGUGCAAGCUGGUGGCUGUGGGGGUGUUUCAGCUCCUCAGCUACAUUAACCUGUGUGUGUACCUGCUGCUGAUACCCGCGUGUAUCUACGCUACAUUGACUCCUUUGAGAAGCUCGGCUGAUUUCCUGAAACCCUAUGAAAUGCUGCCUACACUUGGGGUGAUGGGGUUCGGAGCCAGAGCCUGGGAUGAUCUGGCCAUGUACCUGCUGUUUCUGGAGGAGAAUCUGAGUGAGCUGAAAAGUUAUAAGUGCUUAAAGGUGUUGGAACACCUAAAACAAGGCGGAGAGGAUUCGUUUGAUAUAUUGGCCAUCCUGCAGUCAAUGGUCCAGGUUAAAACAGACGCACCUGAUGGAAGAAUGCAGAAAGUUUCACAGAUUUCAGACACCAACGAAACCAAAGACGAGGCGGACGGCCAGAAAAACUGCAUGGAGAUGAAGGAAAUAUCUCCUCUCCUGCCUGACGCACAAAUAAAAGAGCCUGGGGUUCUGCGCCAGAGGGUCCUCUAGUUUGUUUACACACACACUAAUGUGAGUGAAUGGUGACGGAGAAAAUGUGACUGUAGUCUGGAGAAAACUGGAUUAGGACUUCUGAACUUCUCAGAUGUGGACAGAUCAGGCCACGACAUGCUGGUUCUGCACUGCAUGUCUGUAUCUGUAUGUGGAUUUUUUUUAGGAGUAUGAUAAUUGAAAUACAAUGUGCAUAUACAUGUUAUUUGUAUGAGCUGCUGUUGAGACUCUUAUGCCACUCAGAGUUUUAUAUUUUUUAUGCUUGUGUGACUUGGGAAAUGGUCAUGAAAAGCUAUUUUCUGUAUAUGGUACAUUGGGGUGUUAUAUACCACUACUGACAACAACUUAGGGUAUUGAGUGGAACCAGCAAAUGCAGGGGUUUUUAAUCUGGGGGUCCUGACAACCAAGAGGUCCUGACAUUGUCGUUGCUAGUUAAGGCUGUUAGAUGAGGAUUUUAUCCAGAGUUAUUCGUUCAAUGAAUCACAUUGACUUACUUACUGUUCUACUUGACUCUUUUACUUCACUUGAUUCAGAUUCACUCAGUGCACAUUUUGGAUCUGCAUGUCCAGCUUUAAAGUUGAGGGUUUCUUAAAAGGUAGAACUCUAAGCAGGAAUCUAAAUCUUUCUCAAAAGCAGUGCUUAUAUAUAAUGAGUGAGUGUAGACACAAGGGGGUUGUCAUAAUAUUCUGGUUGGACUGUGUAGUAAAUGCAAUGUGAAUAAAUGUGAAUUCUGUCCGAUGUGAUACAAUCAGUGUCCUACAUCAGUGUAUCUGAACAGCUGAAAAACGCUGAAAUUUAUUUCUCAGCUCGAUUGUGUUUAGGAUGGAACCAAAUUUUUUUGUUUUUAUGGGAUUAUGCCUAGUGUCGCGUAAUCACAACACAGCAUUUUAAAUGGAGAUUUUUGCCAUUGAGAGGAAAACAUACUAAAUAUACUAUAGGCUUAAGCUUUAAACCAAAGGUGUUUAAAAAAACUGAAAAAAAUAUUAUACAGCAAACAAGAAUACAUCUUUUCUAUUGGCUCCUGGCAUCAUUUAUUUAUUUAUUUGCAUUAAGGGGCAUUAAAGUCCCCACACCCAUAACUCACCAUCAGUGUGCAGUGUAGCCAACCAGGCUUCACCUCCCUUGAGUAUUCAACUAAUACCUGAGAAAAGGGAUUAGCUUAAAGGAGAACUCCGGUGUAAAAUGUACUUUUGUUGUAGUAAAACAUGAUAAAAAGUAUUUACUAUUGAUGAACAGCACACCUCCAUUCUCCUGCAGCGUUUCAAGAUCCAGAAAUUUUAACAGUUUGUCCAAACACCCUUCAGACUGGGUGACGGGGCAUAUUUUGCCCUGAUAAAUCGCUUUUUACAUAAUUAUCCAGCUCAAAGUAGCUCCACAACUCUUUUCUAGAAUCCGGAGAGCCCUGACAUUUAAAACGAGGCAUUAAUAAACGUGCACAAGAAGCUAAUUAAAAAAACACUGUUUACAUCCUAUAACGCUAGCUUCAGCUCCGAGCGCCGCCAUUACUGAACUGAAAUUGUCAUAGACAUAUAUAUACAUAGACACCGCAUGGCAUAGCAGCUGGAUUAUGCCCCGUGUCACCCAGUCUGAAGGGCGUUUGGACAAACUGUUAAAAUUUCUGGAUCUCGGAACGCUGUGGGAGAACGGAGGUGUGCUAUUCAUCAAAGGUAAGAACUUUUUAUCAUGUUUUAUUACACCAAAAGUCCAUUUUACACUGGAGUUCUCCUUUAAACUUGAAAGUCUGUUAGAAGAUAGAGCUGGAAGUGGGAAUGUAUAAUAUAAUGUACAAAAACGUGCAACUCCAAAAUUUCUUUGUCAAUCAGGAUUUUCAGAACAAAUACAGAAUCACCUCACUAUACUCAGUCGCAACUGUUCCUGAGCCUGUUAUUAAGCCAUGUGUGAAACAGCGAUGUGCCUCAGUUCAGUACCAGCCAUCACAUUAGGUAAGAUAAGUAAACUUAUCUAAUUAUUGUUCUCAUGUGUUUUUUUUUUUUAAAUAAUCGAAAUCUGUACUUCAGUACUGGGGGCAGGGGUCUGCACAUUUAAAAACAGAUUAAGAACCCCUGUAGUAAUGUAUUGCUGGUUCAUUACUUUAUGAAUAUAGGAGUAAAAUGUUCAGUGUUUACCUUUCCUCAGUAGAACAGACUGAAACACAUCAUGUUCCGUUUAGGUACUGUCAUCCAGUAAUCCUUUUUUUUCUUUUUGAUUUCCAAGACAAUCCUGUUGAUGUUAUUUAAAUAUGUCGGAAAUGUUCUGCCUUUACACUUUACUAAAAAAAAAAAAAAAAAAAAAAAGAUUGUACUCAGGUGUUACAAAUGUUCUGUAAUUGCAGCUGCCAAUUUUCUUAACUUUUUAAUGUUUUUUUUUUUUCUUGUUAUUCUUGGAGUGCAUGUGUUUUUUUCUUUUUAAAAGGUACUGGUUACAUUUUUGGUAUGUUUUCUUAAUAAAUUUUGUAUGGGAUAGGUAA